UACAAAGUGUUAAUCAUGGUUGUCUGMGGGAUAAUGAUGUCACUUUAGAGCUGCCCUUAUUCAGGUCCCUUUGCAGGAGGCUUUAUGAGGAAAUGCAAAUCUCUUAUUUCCUGGUGGAGACAGGACCGAAACGUUGAGCUGAAAGACGAAAGACUUCCACACAGUUUCAAACAACAAUCUGUCUCUCUUUACAUUCACGAUGCAGCUGUUUGGAGCACUGGUCCUGUUUAUGACUCUAUCCACAGCAUGCGGACUAAGAUGCUACACCUGCACAGCCACCAAGCCUAAAUCCUGCACAGACACCAAAGCUUGUCCCGUCAUCUUCAACCGCUGUUUCUCUCUAAAAGUAGACYAAUACAACAUUGUUACCAAGGGCUGCCAAACCAGUAUGGUAUGUGGAGGUGCCAUGGAUUGCUGUAAGGGGGACUUGUGUAACAGCGCCGCACUGAUUGCUCCCAGCGUCAUUCUCCUGCUGGUGCCCUCCGCCAUCAUCACGCUGUUCCUCUGAAGCUCCGGCUGAGAUUAUGUUGUGGUUUCUAUGCUUCUCUUUUUCUCACUCAGUGUGAACCUUUCAAAAAUGUAUUCAUUCCAAUAUUGAAAAGCUUUGAAUUAAUCGUGUUCCCUCAAAACAAGCAAUGUUCCUCAGGAUGAAACUUGUAUUGCUUUUUUUAUUUUUACAGCAAACAACAGCUUUGUUAACGAACCCUGAUUUGGAAAAUAAUACAUAUGUUUAUGUGAUGAACCUGAUGAUGAACAAACAAGCAGACAUAUUGUAAGAGGGUUAUUGUUGUACCUAUAAUCAAUAAAGAAUAUACACAAGAAAA